UUUGCUCUACGGAGAGUUGCAAAGGAGACGCCACUAUAGGGGAAUCCAACCCAACAAUGGACCUUGAGAUUGCCAGAUAGUUCUUCGUAGCUAGCCUGUCUGGGACUUUUCACUGUUCAUAUGGCAAUGAGUGUCUUCCCCUUGCAAGAAGCUUCGGGAAGCGUCUGUGGGCAAGUCUCGGGGAGCCGCCGAGGGGGCAGACAUCCCUUGGGCAAGUGGGCUCGGCCCUGGAAAUGUUUCCGCUUCCCUUCGCACCUGCCCCGCCCCUCAGUGCCCGCCCCUCAGGCCACGCCCCACGGCUCGGGAGCGCGCGCGCGCGCGUGCGGGAGGGGGCGGGUGGGGAAGAAUUACCGGCAAGAUCCUGAGGCGAGGCUCGCGCGCCCGCCCCCGCCCUGGCCGCCAGCGCCCACCCGGUCGGCCCGGCCCAGCCAUGAUCAAGGCCAUCCUCAUCUUCAACAACCACGGGAAGCCGCGGCUCUCCAAGUUCUACCAGCCCUACAGUGAAGACACACAGCAGCAAAUCAUCAGGGAGACUUUCCAUUUGGUAUCUAAGAGAGAUGAAAAUGUUUGUAAUUUCCUAGAAGGAGGAUUGUUAAUUGGAGGCUCUGAUAACAAACUGAUUUAUAGACAUUAUGCAACACUGUAUUUUGUCUUCUGUGUGGAUUCUUCAGAAAGUGAACUUGGCAUUUUAGAUCUAAUUCAAGUGUUUGUGGAAACAUUAGACAAAUGUUUUGAAAAUGUCUGUGAACUGGAUUUAAUAUUCCAUGUAGACAAGGUUCACAAUAUUCUAGCGGAAAUGGUGAUGGGGGGAAUGGUGUUGGAGACCAACAUGAAUGAGAUUGUUACGCAAAUCGAUGCGCAGAAUAAACUAGAGAAAUCUGAGGCUGGCUUAGCAGGAGCUCCAGCCCGUGCUGUAUCAGCUGUAAAGAAUAUGAAUCUUCCUGAGAUCCCAAGAAAUAUUAACAUUGGUGACAUCAGUAUAAAAGUGCCAAACCUGCCCUCUUUUAAAUAAAAUAUUAAAAAGACCACUCCCAGGUAAAAUCCAGGGGAAAGUCAUCUAAGUUUACCAUGCACUUGUUUACCAAAAAUAGAGGAGAGUCUUAACUUUUGCUCUUGGAUUUAAGUCAAGGUACUGUAUAGUUGUGUAAAAUCAGUAUGGAAGUUCAAUGUUGCUUUUCUUGCUCAGUGAUUUUAAAGAAAUUAAGUAGUUCCAGUGUGGGUUUGUUUUCCUGCUUUUCUAAACUGCAUUCCUAUGCCCACCUAAGGCAUGCCUCUGUGUAUUGGCUCUUACAGUAUUUCAAAAAGUGAGGUAUUUCUUUAAUUUGUACAACCCAAGAUGUUGGUGUUUUGUAUAGAUCACAAUGCAACAUAUUUUAAUUCUUUCUGCUGUUUGUCACAACUGUUGUUUAAAGAACCAAGUAUGUAUUGCAUGAAAAUCUUAUGAACUUUUCCUCCUAGUUUAAAUAAACUCCAAGGUAACUGGACUUCAAAAACCCCUUUCUUUUUGCCUGAUACCUACUUUAGCAAUAAUUUUUUUUAUGACCCUCUGACUCAACAAAGUAAAUAAAAGUAUAUUUUAUCACUG